CUGACAGUAACUGUUCUCAGAUGAUUAAUUUUUGAUCAGGUGACAUAUUUUCCUUGUUCUUGAGCAAGCAGUCUGCAGGAAACCGUUCAUUCAAUAUGGCUCUAUUAUCCGCUGUAAAGGGAAAGCUCAUUUCCGUCAUCGGCGAUGAGGACACUUGCGUUGGUUUUCUGCUGGGAGGCAUUGGUGAGAUCAAUAAAAACCGUCACCCCAAUUUCAUGGUUUGUGAUAAGAACACUGCCGUCAGCGAGAUCGAGGAUUGCUUUAAGCGCUUCAUCAAGCGUGACGACAUCGACAUCAUCCUGAUCAACCAGAACUACGCGGAAAUGAUCCGUCACGUGAUCGAUGCGCACACUUCGCCGACCCCGGCCGUGCUGGAGAUUCCUUCCAAGGACCACCCGUAUGACGCGACCAAGGAUUCGAUCCUGCGACGUGCUAAGGGCAUGUUCAGCCCAGAUGAUUUGAUUGCCAACCGUGGUUAAGAUCUUCCCCAAUGGUAUUAAGCUGAUCGCUGUUUGUUGCUUAUUUUUCGGUUCAAGUGUAACUGUUUAGAUCAAUAAAAUCAUUCCAUGUAAUGGUGUA